AAAGCUAAAGAAAAUCAGGGAGGUGUUGGAUGAUGCAGAGAGGAGAAGCUUCAAGGAAAAGGGCGUCAAGCUCUGGGUGGAAGAGAUCCAAGACUUUUGCUACCAAGUGGAAGAUGUUCUGGACGAGUGGAACACCAGAAAUCGCAGACAACAGAUGGAGAGGUCGUCCCAGGUUGCAGCUUUUUCAUGUUUCCAUUUCAAAAGGUUUGUUAUGCAUCGAGACUAUCGCCAAGAAAAUAAAGGAACUUGAUUCCAGACUUGAUCAGAUUAUGAAAGACAAAGAUGUGUACAAUUUCGUUGCUUGUGAUCAAGAAUCGAAGCGAGUGAGCACUACUACUUCGUUUGUGGAUGCAACAGAGAUUCAAGGCCGGGAUAUUGAUGCCAGUAAUGUAAUAAGAGAAUUGAUGGAGAAUGCCAGAGAAAAAGAAGAAAAAGGUCCCCUUGUUAUUUCCAUAGUGGGCGUGGGAGGGAUAGGGAAAACUACCCUUGCUCAACUAGUCUAUGGAGAUCAACAGAUUAAGGCUCGUUUUGAUGAAAGGGUGUGGGUUUGUGUUUCAGACCCUUUUGACCAGAUCAAGAUUGCAAAAGCCAUUAUUGAGUCAACCACUCAAAGCUCCACAGAUCUGUCUCAAUUGCAAGUGUUACUGGAAAAAAUCCAAAGCACUUUGUCUCAGAAAAGGUUCCUACUUGUGUUGGAUGAUGUGUGGACAGAGCAGUAUUCAAAGUGGGAGCCAUUGAAGAACUCUCUUAAGGUUGGACUCCCCGGGAGUAGAAUCUUGGUGACCUCAAGAAGUGAGAGGGUUGCAAGUUUUGUACUAGAAAUGAAUGUUAUAGUAUUGACAGUCGGCAUGAAGAUAAGGUGAAAAUUGAAAAACUACGUCAUCUGUCAUGGCAGAAAACUGGAAGGCCUAUGGAUCCGGCUUCCAUUUGUGACGUCACUGGAAAACUUCGCAGCUUUUUUGCUGAACACCUCUCUCCAGAACAACUUACACAUGAUCUGUUCAAUCAUUUGAAAUCUGUGAGAGUAUUAGGAUUGCGUGGCUGUAAACUGCAGAAACUCCCGAAGGAGGUAGGAAAUUUGCAUCAUCUAAGAUACAUUGAUUUAAGUUAUAGCAAAGUAGAGGAGUUGCCCGAUGCAAUUUUCUUUUUGGAUAACUUGCAAACUCUAGAUCUUGAAGGAUGUGAAUGUCUUUCCAAACUAUCUGAAGGGAUUGGAAAUUUGCGUCACCUAAGGUACAUUGAUUUGAGUAAGAGCAAUAUAGAUGAAUUACCUGAUACAAUUUGCUCUUUGGAUAACUUGAGAACUCUAAAUCUUGGAGGAUGUAAGCGUAUAUCUAGACUACCCCAAGGGAUUGGAAAAUUGUGUCACGUAAGGUACAUUGAUUUAAGUAAGUGCAAUAUAAAUGAGUUACCUGAUACAAUUUGCACUUUGGAUGACUUGCAAGCCCUAAAUCUUAGAGGAUGUAAGCGGUUUUCUAGACUACCUCAAGGGAUUGGAAAUUUGCGUCAUCUAAGAUUUAUUGAUUUAAAUUGGAGCAAAGUAGAAGAAUUACCUAAUACAAUUGUCUUUUUGGAUAACUUGGAAAUUCUAAAUCUUGGAGGAUGUCAGCGUCUUUCUACACUACCGGAAGAGAUUGGAAAUUUGCGUCAUCUAAGAUACAUUGAUGUAAGUUGGAGCAAAAUAGAGGAGUUACCUAGCUCAAUUUGCUCUUUGGAUAACUUGCAAAUUCUAAAUCUUACAGGAUGUCAGCGUCUUUUUAAACUACCUGAAGGAUUGAAAAUUUGCGCCAUUUAAGGUACAUUAACUUAAGUAGGAGCAAUGUGGAGGAGUUAUGUGAUGCAAUUUACUCUCUGAAUAAUUUGCAAAUACUACACUAGCUGAAGGAUUGGCAAAUUGGUAAACUUGAGACACCUUAACAUCAGAUUGUGUAUGCUGGGGAUCGCAAAUUAAAGCUAACUCAGCUUUGUACUUUGACUGUUUGAGUGACUUUGUGGUGGUGCUGUAUUGCCCUGAUGCAAAUUUAAUUUCCACUGUAUGAUUGUUUCCUGUAUUAGGAUUUCUUAUAUCUAUUCAAUCUGUUUCAUUUCCUAUUUUUCUUCUUUAUGUACUCAUUCAUAAACAUAUGGUUUCUUCAUCACUUAUGCACUUGAAUUCACUGA